AUGGAUGUUUUAUUAGAUGUAAUAGUUAUUCCGGUUAGAGGAAUGACGUGUAAUUCAUGCGUAAAUUCCAUAACAAAGGCUUUAUCUGAUUUACCCGCCAUUUCGAAAGUAGAUAUAAGUUUAGCAAACGAAGAAGCAACAAUUUCUUAUAAUUCAAAUAACCUAGCGAAAUCAACAAUUAUUGAAACGAUUGAAAAUUGUGGAUAUGAUGUCGCAAAAUAUAAUAUCGUUACUUUGCCUGUUAAAGGAAUGACUUGUAAUAGUUGUGUUAAUAGUAUUAACAAUGUAUUGAGACCAACUGACGGUAUUAUUAACGUCGACGUUUCUUUAGAAGGCGAGCAAGUUAAAGUGGAAUAUGACACGGGGAAAUUAACUGAAGAUCAAAUUAUCCAAGUUAUCGAAACUUGUGGUUACGAUGUACCAAAUUCCUCACCAUCUGUUCCUACUUCAAAACAAGAUCAACCUUUUACUUCUCCACGAAAUCCAGAAGAUUAUAACGCGUCAACAUUAGUGUCGGUUAACAUUCAUGAAUUUGAACCAGAUAAAUUAAAAAUUGCUAAAUUGUCGGUUCAUGGAAUGACAUGCGCAUCUUGCGUACAUAGCAUAGAAACGGCCUUAAAAAAAGACCCAGGAAUCAUCUCUGUUAAGAUUUCUUUACUAGUAGAAAGGGCUACCGUGGAAUAUAAUCCCGUUGUAAUUGAUGAAAAAGCAAUAACUAAUAAGAUAAACGAUCUUGGAUUUGAAGCCGCUCCAAUUCCGGAACAACGUGAAGAUAAAGUAGAAUUACGUAUUUAUGGUAUGAAGAUACCAUCAGAUGCUUAUACAAUUGAACGAAAUUUGGAGCUUUUCCCGGGAAUAAUUUCUGCAUCAGUAAAUUUCGGUUCAACCAUGGCCAAAAUUCAAUUUGAUAAGGAAAUAGUUGGUUUACGUGAUAUAGUUUAUCAAAUAGAAGAAUUUGGUUUUAACGCUUUGCUUAACAAUAAUAAUUAUAAUGCUCAAUUAGAAUCUUUGUCGCGUACAAAAGAAAUCAAUGAAUGGCGUGAAUCAUUUUAUUGGUCUUUAGCAUUUGCUAUUCCUGUUUUCUUAAUUUAUAUGGUGUUACCUAAAUUUUCUUUUGCAAGCAGAUUUAUUGAUUUCGAGUUAUAUCCUGGACUCUAUAGUGGUGAUUUAAUUAGUUUAAUUCUUACAAUUCCUGUACAAUUCAUUAUCGGUAAAAGAUUCUAUGUCGUCUCUUAUAAGGCACUUAAACAUAAGACUGCUACGAUGGAUGUCUUGGUGGUUAUAGGUACUUCCGCUGCAUUUUUCUUUUCUUGUUUUGUGAUGGCAUACAUCAUCUUCAUUGAUCCAAAUUAUCCAAGGCAACCAGUUUUCUUUGAUACAUCUACAAUGUUGAUUACAUUUGUUAUGCUUGGAAGAUAUUUAGAGAAUUUAGCAAAAGGACAAACAUCAACAGCUUUAUCCAAAUUAAUGUCAUUAACUCCUUCCAUGACCACCAUCCUUUUAAGGAACACCAUCACAGACGAGAUAACUGAAAAAAAAAUUUCGACGGAUUUGAUUCAAUUGGGAGAUGUAGUAAAAGUUAUUCCAGGGGAUAAGAUUCCGGCUGAUGGGGUAGUUGUUACUGGCGAAUCGACCGUAGAUGAAAGUAUGGUAACGGGUGAAGUUAUCCCCGUCAAGAAAUUUCCUGGUGAAAAUGUAAUUGGAGGAACUGUUAAUGGAUCAGGUAGUUUCGAAAUGAAAAUUACCAGGGCAGGAAGCGAUACAGCAUUAGCACAAAUUGUCAAGUUGGUUGAAGAGGCACAAACAACAAAAGCUCCAAUACAAGAAUUUGCUGAUAAAGUGGCGGGAUAUUUUGUACCUGCUGUCAUCGUAUUUGGCGUCCUUACAUUCGUCGUAUGGAUGAUAUUAUCUACCAUGGUACUUUCAACAUUACCGGAUAUCUUUAAUGAUGAAUCAAGUAAAUUCAUGGUUUGUUUAAAAUUAAGUAUAUCAGUUAUAGUCGUAGCGUGUCCUUGUGCACUUGGAUUAAGUACACCUACGGCCGUAAUGGUUGGAACCGGGGUUGGCGCACAAAAUGGUAUACUUAUUAAAGGAGGAAAGUCAUUGGAAUCGGGACAAAAGGUAACAAAGGUUGUCUUUGAUAAAACUGGUACAUUGACAAAAGGAAAAUUAGAUGUCGCUCACUUUGAAUUGAUAAGUGAAAAUUUGGAAUUUAGUCCCGAAAUAUUCUUUGCUCUAGUUGGGGCAGCGGAAUCAUCGAGUGAACAUCCUUACGGUAAAGCCAUAGUUGAUCAUGCCAAACAAUUACUUGAAGUUGAGAAUAUUGAUGCAGUUAUAAAUAAUUUUGAAGCUUUGGCUGGAUUAGGAGUGAAAUGUAAUGUGAUAUUAAAUAAAUCUUAUUCCCUCGUACCAUCAAUGACGAAAAACACUUCAACCGUGGGAAAAUCUUACAAAAUCUUGGUUGGAAACGUUAAACUUCUCUCACAAAAUUAUCAGAUCGACAUACCACUUACAGCAACGUUAUUCAAAGAACAACAAGAGAGACUUGGCAGAACUGUUGUAUUGGUGGCUAUUAAUAAAAAAUUUAUUGGAAUAAUUAGUUUAUCAGAUACAAUUAAACCUGAAGCAAGAUUAGCGGUUGGGGCCUUACAUCAAAUGGGAAUUCAAGUUGCCAUGGUUACGGGGGAUCAACAACUUACCGCAGAAGCAAUUGCGUCGCAAUGUGGGAUAACUGAAAUUCAUGCCGGAGUUUCACCAAAAGGAAAAACACUUAUAGUCAAGUCAUUACAACGUGAGGGGGAACGUGGUAAUAUUGUAGCGAUGGUGGGGGAUGGGAUAAAUGAUUCACCUGCUUUAGCCGCCGCUGAUGUUGGGAUCGCCUUAUGUUCUGGUACUGAUAUUGCCAUAGAAGCUGCUGAUAUUGUUUUAAUGAGAAAUGAUGUGACGGAUGUUGUGGCCGCAUUUGAUCUAUCGAGGACCAUUUUCACUAGAAUUAAAAUGAACUUUAUUUGGGCAUGUCUUUAUAAUAUACUUGGAAUUCCUUUAGCGAUGGGUAUAUUCUUACCCUUUGGAUGGUCUUUACAUCCUAUGAUGGCCGGAGCUGCCAUGAUUUGUAGUAGCGUUAGUGUUGUAUGUAGUAGUUUAAUGUUACAUUGGUGGUCUAAACCCGAAUGGAUCAUUAAUUCCAAAGGUGCCGUAGUAAAACUUAAAGCAAGAGGUCGUUUAAUGAAUUCUCUGAAAAGAUUUUGGUUUAGAAUAGUUAGAAUAAACGGUUAUACUAGACUUCAUAAUGAAAAUUGA